AUGCUCCCCCACAAGCAGAUAGAAGACGCCGGUCUGAUUCAUCUCUGCCCUUACAUUUACGUCUUCGGGACCUUUGCCAAAAAGCGCUGGUACGAGAGGUCAUUAUUAAAGGUCCUCUGCGAGGAGUUUGUUGAGUACGAUGAAGAGUACUACGCCAAUGCAGCAGCCAGUGGCCAGAUACUUGUGUUGCGUCGCGGAGCCAUUCACUGCUUUGUUAAGGAUGCACAGCCAGACGCAGCCCUUGCCCCCAGCCCCGAGCCACAGAUCAAAAAGCGUCCUACAUGGGGUCAACCAUCAUCUGCGUUUACGCCAAAAACGAGAAAGCAGGUUCUUUACGUAGAGGAUUCCAUCGCCAACUUUACGCUGCGGGAUUCUGACCUUAUUCUGCACGUUAUGCACCGACACGAACCUCCUAUACUGGCACAACCUGUACUACGAGAUGAGGGAGACCACGUCUUCUGCGAAAAGCCUGCAUCCAUGCCGGUACACCCCUGCGGAAAGUACUGCUAUCACAGUGUCAAUGAGUUGGUUGCUAGCCCGGACACCAAAUUGACAACCAAAAAGAGUUUACGUGCUUGCAAUCGCAUUGAUAAGCUUGUCUCCGGGCUUAUUGUCAUGGCUGAUUCAUCUAAGGAGGCAGAGCAAAAGCGGAACGAGAUAGUUGAACGAGGAAACGUUAAGGUGUACCUAGCCAAUUGUCGCAUGGUGUCGACUGACAUUUCUCCAAGAAGGGUGUGUCUGAUUUGGGGGCCUAUGGGUCUCAGGUUCAAGGGCAAUUACACUUCUCGUUGUAUACACUUCAACACUCACACCGAGCUUUUCGGGGCGAAUUUGGAGCGCCUUGACAAAUACAAUGAGUGCAUCGAGCAGCUCACGGCUUGUUCUCAUUCCUUUGGGAAGGGUGUAACGUUUAUGCGCGACAAAGAAAUGCUCUGGUUUCAGGACAGUGACACUUACUCACGGUUUGUGUCCUCAAAGAAGUGCACUGCGUUGCUCCAAGAUCUGAUUGCGGUUCAACUAGACCCUACGCAGUCAAUGGCGGAUAUUGGAGAGCACCAAGCGGCAAUUACAGUGAUCGAAUACGUGCACGUUGAUUCAUCGACACAAACGGCUUUGGCCAUGUGUGUUCCCAUAACAGGGCGUACACACCAGCUAAGGCUCCAUCUGCAGGCAGCCGGAACCCCCAUACACAACGACCCUUCUCACGGUGGCCUCCAGGCUAACCUCGCGGUUCGUUGCACACUUCCGUCACCUUCUGUGCUCCAGCAAAUGCUCCGCUAUGAGCCCCUGUCAAUGAAAGCAUACGCAAGCAAAGUCUUGGAGAGAAUCAAGGCACAGAAAAGCCUCCAGUCGCUUGACCUGACCAAAAUCGAGCCUGCCCUCAAAGAGAUAGCCCGGGCCCUUGCAUCUCAGAACACUAACCCUUGCAGGAUUUGUAGUGCCUUAGAAGAGGCUGUAGAGCGGGACCUGCCCCCUAGCGCAGUGACAUUCUAUGACGAAGCCAAGGAGAGCUUCAACAUCAAAUACGAUUACAUCAAGACGUACAUGUUUACCCACAUCGACCUGCACUCCUACUACUAUGAGUCCGGGGCUCAGAGUAUCUGUACGGCCGUUCCCCCAUUUGCAGAAGCACAUGGAAUGGACAGCGCUGCGCUGGCACCGUAUCUCGAAAGCAUAGUCGGCAUCAAAAAGGGGCUGAUGAAAUAA